GCCCAGGCCACGCGUCUCAAUGCGUCCAGAGACAGAUAGCAGGGACAGUUCUCCAGUUGUCCAAGGGGGGGGACGACACGGAGAGGCAGAGAGAGGUACAGGCACUGGAAGCGAGGCCUUAGGGGAAAUACAGCGAGGAGGUGAGAGAGAGGGAGACCCGGAGCACCGCAAGAGGGACGAGCGAGGACAGAAACUUCCGCACACUCGCAUUGAAAAGACCCGCAGCAUGUUGGCUCUGCCUGAAGAAAGCACCCCUGUGGAAGGCACCCGGGACAGCUUCUGGAUGCCUGGGAAGUACGUUCGCACCGUGCGCCGCACCAGUGACACCUACGAGGCCUGCGACCUCGUGGUGGCCUGUUUCCAGGAGAGGGCGCGUGUCGAACGCAGCUACGCCCAGCAGCUGAGCCAGUGGAGCAGCAAGUGGAAACCUGAAGUGGACGCCAGCCCUCUCUACGGCUCCCUCCUGAGAGCGUGGCAGUGCUUCCUGACGUCGGCCGAGCGUCUGUCCGAGCUGCACUCGUCCAUCUGCCGCUCGCUUGUGUCGGAGGACUGCGACCGGGUGAAGACCUGGCAAAAGGAGACCUUCCACAAGAAAAUGUGCAAAGGCUUCAGAGAGUCUCAGGAUCUGGAGACGGGCUUUACGCGAGCCCAAAAGCCCUGGGUCAGGAAGCUCAAGAAGCUGGAGAAGGCCCGCUCUGCGUACCACGGGGCCUGCCGCAAGGAGCAGGCAGCCCGCAAGCGCGUCGCACACACUCAGGGCAACCCAGACGUGCCCAUGGAGAAGCAGAAGAGGGCCCAGGAGGAAAGCGAGCUGGCCUCGCUGCAAGUGGCCAAGGCGCGCGCCCACUACGAGAAAGUGCUGGAGGAAGUGACGAGAUACACGCCGUGCUACAUGGAGGAGAUGGAGUCCGUCUUCGACCAAUCGCAGGAGGAGGAGAGGAAGAGGAUGAGCUUCCUCAAACAGGCCUUCCUCUCCAUACACCGGCAUCUGAACGUCACCGACAACGAGAGCGUAAAGGCAGUGUACGACGAGCUCCACCGCGCCAUCAUGUCCAUCAGCGAGCGGGACGACUUGCGCUGGUGGAGGAGCGUCCAGGGGCCCGACAUGGACACCCGCUGGCCCCAGCUCCAGGAGUGGAGCCCUGAGGCGCAGCUGGACACAGGUGUGCCAAAGCAGGACAGGAGGAGGGCUGCUCCUGACAAAAGCAUGGUGCCAGGUGCCGUCAGGGUGAGGGCGCUCUUUGACUUUGUGGGACAAGAGGCGGAUGAGCUCUCCUUCAAGGCAGGCGAGGAGAUCCUGAGGACUCAAGAGGAGGACGACCGAGGCUGGAGUAGAGGAGUCACAGACGCGGGAAAGGAGGGCUUCUACCCAGCCAAUUAUGUGCAGACGAUACACUAGGGGGGCGGGGGCGGCGCCGGGCGGUGUGCGGGGGGAGCCCCGCACUUUGUUUUGUUUUGCCAGCAUCUUGUCGAAGACCCGUCCGGCGCGCUGCGUCUGCUUUCCCAACAUACCGCCCCCUCCGUGUGUCCGAGCAGCACUGAGGGAGGCGGGACAGGGAAGGAAAGCGUCCUGUGUCCCUUCAGUGGCACAGUUGGUGCCUCCCACUGUCCAUAUGACACGUGAACUCUUUAUGUGUGCGUGCGUGCGUGCGUGCGUGCGUCUGCUCACGACUAACUCGCUGCCAAAAGUUAUUUCCUUGUCUUGACCUGCUACGUAUGUGUUAAUUUGCACGAAGAGAAUAUCAGCUUCUUUGUCAGUGCUCACUUUGUAACCGCUGAGAGUGAUGCUCGUUACGGAGGAUGAAGAAAUGGCCCCAGGGGUGACUGGUGAGUCCUUUUCUCAUCUGUACACCUGCAGUUCCCCAUUUGGCCUCUAGGGGUGCUGCCGUCACACUGGUGCUUUUCUCGCACCUGCUGUCUCGCUGUGAUUUGUCCCUGGAGACAUCGGGGAAAACGAUUGCGUCUUUCAUGAAUAAACGGUGUGGGAGACACUGACGCUGCACAGGUGUGUCAUUGUGUGGCAGAGGGAGGGGCGGGAGACAGGUGGAGCAGGUGUCGCGCUGGAGGAGACACCGGUGUAGCAAAUGGCAGCGAGCAGGACAGCGAAACAAGGACCUCUGAGGACUGCCUUGUGGACUUGUCCUCAGUGCGGCCUCCAGCGGGACAUCGAGGCCGAGUUUGCUGCCAGUUCCCUUUCCUGUCCCAGUGCUAAUUUGUGUUCAUUUGUGUGUUUAUGCAGUGGUUCACAUGGAAAUACUCUUAAUAGAUAUAUUGAAU